UUAAUCAGACGCAUUCUUUCGCAAAUAGUGCACUGAGUUCUAUUUCAUUCUUCAACCUAGGAAGUCUGACAGUGAGUGCAAUGUUUCUAAUAUUAACGCAUAUUUUUAAACAAAUAAAAGAAUGGGAUGAACGACAUUACGUGAAAACAACAACAAACAUACCAAUUGUAGGCUCACCAGUAAAAGUUAUUGCAGUAACGGUUGCUUACAUUCUAUUCGUCCUCAAAAUCGGACCCUACCUCAUGAGAAAUCGUGAACCAUUUAAUGUGAAAUUGUUAAUGCAAGUCUAUAAUGUUUUCCAGGUUCUUGUAAAUCUUUACAUGGGAGUGAUGGGUUUUAAGCUUCUGUGGGUACCAGAUCAACAUAGUUUUGGUUGCAUAACAAGCUUACCAGUUACACAUAGAUUGAAAUCCUUCGAACUCUUUUUAUGUUAUUUAUAUUUUUUAGUGAAAAUUAUAGAUUAUAUGGACACAAUUUUCUUCGUGUUGCGAAAAAGCUUUAAACAAAUAACUUUCCUACAUGUUUAUCAUCAUGUUCUAAUGGUUUUGGUAGGAGUUAUGGUGUCACGAUAUUACGGCACUGGUGGUCAUCAACUUGUUACUGGGGAUUUGAAUGCAUUUAUACAUGUUAUUAUGUACAGUUAUUAUUUUUUCAGUGCUUUAAAUCCAAAUAUUAAAACAUCUAAGUGGAAGCGGUUUAUUACUACAGCUCAAAUUAUCCAGUUCAUUUUAAUAAUAAUCCAUCAGUUAUGGGCUUUAUUUAUCAGUAAGGGAUGCACUUAUCCCAAGAUUUUGCUAUAUUUAAAUUUAUCACAGGCAAUGAUAAUGAUUAUAUUAUUUAGUAAUUUUUAUAUUAAAACUUAUAUAAGAAGAAAAUCUAACAUCAAAGAAGAUCGACAUCUAAAAUCUACGUAAA